AUGGCCACCGUUGCUAACUUCUUAGCUAAACCAAUCGCCACCGUAAUCCCACGGCCAUCCUCCGCCGUUGCCUCCACCUCCUCCUUCGUAUUCUUCGACCACAAUCACAACUCUUUAACCCUUAGAAAAAACUCACCAAGAAGACUAUUAUUCUCCACCGUGAAGGUUAAGGCUGGAGCGGCGUCUCCGGGGAAGGUUGGUUCACCGGCGGCGAAAGACGAGAAAGUUGUAAAGAUUCAUAGUGGAGAGGAAUUCGACGAGGCGCUUAAAAACGCGAAGAGCAAGCUUGUGGUUGUGGAGUUUGCUACGAGUAAAAGUGAUCAGAGUAACAAGAUAUAUCCGUUUAUGGUGGAGCUGAGCAAGACUUGUAACGACGUCGUUUUCUUGCUUGUUAUGGGUGAUGAAUCUGACAAGACCAGAGAGCUUUGUCGGAGAGAGAAGAUUGAGAAAGUUCCUCACUUUAGCUUUUAUAAGAGCAUGGAGAAAAUACACGAGGAAGAAGGUAUUGGACCGGACCAGCUAAUGGGAGACGUGCUAUACUACGGAGACAACCACUCGGCAGUGGUGCAGCUGCACGGUCGAGCUGACGUGGAGAACCUGAUCGACGAGAACCGAACUGGAGGAAAGCUGAUCGUGCUCGACGUUGGUCUGAAACACUGUGGACCAUGCGUCAAAGUCUAUCCUACCGUGUUGAAACUGUCCCGGUCGAUGUCGGAAACCGUCGUGUUCGCUAGAAUGAACGGUGACGAGAACGAUAGUUGUAUGGAGUUUCUCAAGGACAUGAAGGUUAUCGAAGUACCAACUUUCUUGUUCAUUAGAGACGGUGAGAUUUGUGGUCGUUAUGUUGGUUCCGGUAAAGGAGAACUCAUUGGAGAGAUUCUCCGGUACUCUGGUGUUCGUGUUACUUAUUAA